AACGAGUGGAAUUCACUACCUCAGCACGUGGUUGAGGCUCCAUCCGUCGACUCUUUCAAAAGAAAGUUGGAUCAACUGAGAGACCACCAUUGCCAGGACUAACAUAGGCCAUCGAGCCUCCUGUCCUUCCCAAACUGAAACUGAAACUGAAACUGACGCAUCAAUCGCUUUGCGACGGUUUGACCUUCGUGUGCUCAGUAACCUCCACGGUGGUCGAUAGAGCUGAAUUGUAGCCACUUUAGAACAUUGGCCUAUUAUUUCAAUUGCAUUGCCUAAUUGUCUUUUAUUUGUAUAAAUACUUUUAGGCUCGAUUGGUUGCCCUUUUAUUCGACGUAAAUGCAUUUUUUGUGCCUAGUGGAAUAUCUGCCCACACAUUCUCAUAUAACGAAAAGGUUUAAACAGUGGUUGUUCGGAAAACUGCGCAACGUGAAUCUUGGGUUUUCCCCCAAACUUUGGGGAUUUUUCCCGAAAUCGGGAGAUUGGGAUCCUUACUCCCCAAAGAUCUCUUUUAGAUAUAAACUUUCCCACAUCAUUUUUUUAGGCUUUGUGAUGCCAACUUGUUAACGAUUGUAUGUCUUAGGAAAAGUGUAUUGAUUUUGUUUAGCACGGAAAGUUAUCAGGUCCUUGUUUUCAUGCAAUAGACAAUACCGUUUCCAGGUUAAUGUGCUACGUACAUAGUCCACCAUCAGGAUAUUGAGUGACUUUUUAAAUCAGGAUAAUCGUAAACGCAAGAUUUUCUAAGGAUGCCUGGACUUUAUUUUGACCUGACUUAUAUCCCACUCUCGAUUUUUGGGUUUUUAUGCCAUUUCCCCAGAAUUUUCUAUUACAGCUUCCCCGAAUUCCCUGAAAUCGGAAGGUUGGGAUCAUGUCCCAUGAUUUGACAAAUCGGACUACUGUUCACCAGCAGUAAAAUGUAGUUCGAAAAAGCCUAAAACUUCUCACAUCACUAAAUUUGACGGGAGGUAGGCGGAGUAACACAUUAAAAGCGCUUGCUCAGAAAUACUCGUUGGAAUAUACUCAUGUAUUACCUCUUUGCAAACUAAUUACUACUUGCACAACUGAGCUUAAAAUAUAGUUCUUAAGGUCCAACUGCUUUUCUUAAUCAAUAGGAGCUUUGUUUCCGGAGGUUCAUGAAAAUAAAAAAAUAUACACGUUAUAUGGAAAUCAACUCUGAUGUCAAAUCCAUCUUUGAUUUAACAAUAUAUUUUAAGAUCUCCAUGUUUGUGUAAAAAUAUAGCAACCACAAAUUCCAUAAUUUACGGGCUUUAUUACCUACAAUAAUUUGCUUUCUCUUUCAUAUUGCUAACCAUUUCGGAUAACGGGUUUAUUCUCGGACCAUACUUAAUUCCGUUCUUAAAUUCUGUUAAGUGAAUUAAAAUGAACUGAAAAACACUGCUCAAAGUAAUGCGAUGCAUACGUCCUUUCGAAGUAUUACUAGCUUAUGUAAAAACCACUAAAUCAUCAAUAUUGAAGUUAAGCAUAUGAUGCUAGGUAACGAUGACACGUCGGCUGAUGAGGUAGCAAAUCCUCAUCGACUGAGGUGGUUAGAUCAUAUAUUCUGAAUGCUUAAACAUCGAUUGACGGAUUUUUAUGGUGUUGGAUUAGGCCGAAAGGAAGCUACGGGCGGCCAAACUAAUACGUUGCAUUAAUCCAUGAAGUUCCACCAUUGAAUUGAACUGUGUUGACAAGUGCAGAUUAACUAGUUGGGGUCCGCACAAUUAUCGUAACCAAUGAUUGUAUGUUUUGUGAGCUGGUUCAGAACCGGUCUCGAUGGUGCAGAUGCACUCAGUCUUAGUUUCUCCUUAGAUUCUAAGUGCCGAAACUUUAACCUUUUCCUCUGUGUACUUAAUCUUCCUUGCUAUUAAUAAUAUUUUACUACUUCUACUCAGAUUUAUUUUGAUUAUUUUAUCUCUCCAUGCUGAUAUGGUGUAGACCUUUUCCCCAGAUUCUACUUUAGAUAUGACUGCUGACUAACUGGAUAAACCACAUGCAUUUUAUAUUUUAUUCAUUUCAUGUUUAUUUCGUCUGAUGACAUUAAAUGUCUUUCGACACAAUAUUGUGCGUACGUUAUUCCUGACAAUUAAUAAUAUUUUAUUAUUUACAGUACUCUACCAAGUGUAUACAAAAACAAGGUAAGCUAAUAAUUCCUUUAAGGACCUAAUAAACUUUUGCAUAUCAUUCAUUUAAAAUAAUGGGUUUUAGGAUAAAAACCCGUUCUUUUUUCUGAGUUACAAACGCUUUAAGGAGCAUGGAUUGCAAAUAUGUAAAAUUUGUGGUCGUAGUAGUCUAAACUAAUCGGUUAUAUAAAGGUUUGUUGAGAAAAAUCACCGUUCUGUUCGUUUCGUUCUUGUUUAUCUCUUAUAUCUAGUUUAUCCAUUACGUUUCUUAUUUCGUUCAAAACUUUUUCGGUAAUAAAACCUUAAAAAUACGUGCACUGAAGUGUGUCUAUCCAAGUUUUCACAUUCUCAUGUCAACGUAGCGAAAAUGGAAGUCGACAUGAUGAUAUGCUCAGGGGGAAGUAAAUAGUAUUAACUGUCAUAAAUGGCUAAACAUAAAAUGUAAAUAAUGUUGAGCUGGGAUUUAGAGGAAAAGCAACAGCGAAUGCAACUUGGACUAGUUUCUGCCCAUUUGUGUCAAUCCUUCCAACCAAAAUUAAGGCUUUUGAGGUAACUCCAGCUAAGAAGCUCGCAUUUACCGAUAUAACUCAGACUAGCAGUUGAUGACUUCAUGUAAUAAUCCCAUGUAUUUAUCUUCCAAUCCCAUUCGUAUUUUAGAAAGUAUGGGUUGGCAGAACAAGCAGUAAUUAAGCAUAGGUAACACUUCUCGUCUACAGUUGAUAAAGGUGUGCAGCUUCCACUAUGCGCGAAAAAACUUCAAAGACAUCCAUAAUCAAACACAGAUAACCUGUGCGGGUCUUGUACUUUUACAAUCCAUAUUUCUUAGCUGUAGAGGACUACAGAACAUUUCUGUUCAGCGUAUUCGUCCUUUAACCUAUUCCAUAAGUAACAAUUCGGCAAAAGUUAAUGGGGCUUGUAUCCAUCCUAUGGUUUCGUCAGCCGCUGAUCUAGCAGGGCUAGUGAGACUUAAAUGGCAUGAUCAAUACUUUUCUCCAUUUCACCCCUUUUUAGUCAAACCAGGCACUAAUAGAAGAGUCAUGCAGUGAAGUUUUGUGGUUAGAGGGAGGGCCACUCAUCCAAUUCGAGCUUCGAUUGUUACCCAAGAUAGCUAGAAUAAUGUUUCAUAUCAACAUAUUCAUUAAACAAAAUUAUGCCACCCAUAAAUUAGGAAGUCAAACGAAAGAAUUGUUAUCUUUAAAUCGAUACAUACAAGAAGACUCAAUAAAAUCUGAAGGAUUGUACACUAUGUUUGACACACUAAUUAUUUUAAAACUAGCAGUGUUAUAUACUCUGACCUGAAUCUGAGAUUGAGGACAACGGUGGUUAAUAGUUCUAACCAGGGAUGGAGCUUACCUAAUGCUUGCAAACGGUUCAUCUGUUCUCAGUAUUUCUCUAACUGAAGAUUGACACAUGAAACUUCGAGUGAAUUCUCUUUAGUUUAAGGUCUGGUCAUCUAAUAGUGGAUUUACAGGUACUUUGUGCACUUUAUCUUCAGUUUCGGUCCUUAGGUAUAGUUUCUAUCCUUGGCCAACGUGCUUCCAAUCCACUAAAAUUACUAUUACUUGGUCAGUAAGUUUUACUGACCCUUAACUUCUAACAUGCCUAAUGUCACUGAGUAUUCGGAACAGGAACUACUGUCAUAGUUUUAUGUUGGUGUAGACUUAUGUACACUUUACACGUUUAUGUUGCCUACUACAUGUAUUCCGCAUACUUUACUAUAGCGCACAAAGAAGGAAUAUGGUGCUGCACAUGGGGUGAAAAUCGGAACAGAAAUAAACAGUACAUUAUUACAGGUUCUUUAGAUAAUGGCCUCAUCGCUUGGGAGUGGUAAGUGCAUUAUUUGCUGAGGUCUAAGAUGCAUAAACUGUUUAUAAAGCUCGUAUUUUUUUUGUAAGAUGUUGACUGAAGAUAGCUUCUGAUAAUUACGACGGUCUAAUAAUAUUUUUAGCUUUCCUGUAUGGUUAGAUAUAGCAUAAUUCUUAAAAGCUUUGUUAAAUUUUUCUCAGUGAAAACUUAAUGAUUUAAAAACUAUAAUCUUAUUCGUAUAUUCCACCCCUCAGUUAUUGACUUAUUUAGAUAUACAUCCAAAACUUACAAUUCGAGUAGCAGUUUGGUGGCUAAGUUGACAGUCUGAACUCCACUCUACCUACUUCGGGUUGGUCAACCAGGUAGUGAUAUCAUCAAGCUUCAUACAAAUGUUAUGGCUCAAAGCCGAGUACGUAAACCUGUACUUGGUAGGUUAGUUACUUCGUCACAAAUGAUGGUUCUGUUUUAGUGAUCCUUGACAUUCCAUCUAACCUAUGUACAUAGGUAGUUUUGUAAUCCCAGUAACGCAGUUUCUAUAAAAAUCCUAACUACACUCUCGGAUGUACUUUAUGUUUAAUGUUGCGAAUUAUAUUCUAUAUUUACAUGACUCAGUACUUCAUAGUUGAUGAAAGCACACUCUAAUUUUAAGAUAUUUGUACAAACUUCUUAUUUAUUUAUUUAUUAUUUGGACACAUGAAUAUUGGUACAAGAGAGCGCCAAUAUAUAUGCGCCACACAAAACAAUGAAAAUUCGAGAGGAAUACAAAGAAAGAAAGAAAAAAGCUAAGGAGCGCAACAAAAAAGAGAGAACAAUAACGAAGAGAUUGGUUUAAGGUAAUGUGCUAGUAAACAGGGAACGCAAAGGUACAAUCGGAAGGAAUCUUUCAGGUAAGGGAGACAGAACCACUUUUUAUGAAGAAAGUAAAAGAAGGUUACAGCAGGAUCGCCACUGGCUUCUAUUCUGAGCCAUAUCUGAUAACGUCUCUAGCCACUGUGUAGCACCAUCUCUCAGACCCCAACCAGGGAGUCGUGAAGGACCAACACAAGCCAGUUCUUUGCAGCUUUCUUUCAUGCCACGACACCACGUCAUGCACUGACCACCUCUCUGCUUCUUCCAACCAGUCCCAGAGUCGGCAAAUAAUGCACGACGUGGAAUUCUCUGGGACGACAUUCGGAGAACAUGUCCAAGCCACCGAAGUCGGUGUUUCAAGAUGGUAACACCAAUUGAAUUAUCAUCUCUGUGACCGAACACACGAUGCCGAACCUCUGCAUUACUGACAUGGUGUUGCCACUGAAUGUCAGCAAUCCUUCGGAGACAGCGAUGAUCGAACACAGAGAGUCGUCUAACGUCCUCAACUCGGAGAGGCCAGGUUUCACAAGCAUAGAGCAAAACUGCUCUCACCGACGCGUUGUAGAUCCGAACUUUUACAGCCAAACUGACAUCACGAAGGCGCCAAAGGUGGCCCAGAUUGGCAUAAGCCGCUCUGGCUUUCACUAUACGUGCAUUGAUCUCAUCACUCACAUCCCCACCAGCACUUAUGCAGCUACCCAGAUACACGAACUUCUUGACUACUUCUAUCUGCUCACCAUCCACAGUGAGUACAGGAUUGGAAUCCUGCCAGUCUUGUAGGAGUACUUUGCACUUCGAAGGUGCAAAGCACAUACCAUAUCUACGGACACUGAUUGCUAACUGAUUUAGUGUGGAUUGCAUGCCUUGGGCAUUAUCGCACAGUAAGACAAUAUCGUCCGCAUACUCAAGGUCGAGAAGUCUUUCUCCAAGCAACAGAUCCACACCACCAUUACUUACAUUCAUCAGAGCUGUUUCCAGAAUGUCAUCGAUGGCAAAGUUGAAGAGGAAUGGUGAGAUUGAGCAACCCUGCCUAACCCCACUGCUCGAAUGGAACAAUGGAGAGAGGUGGUUGUAUGCCCUCACUCUGCCUGAGGUGUUUGUAUAUAGGGCUUUUAGGAUGUUGAUAAACUUCUCAGGCACACCCUUCUUCAAUAGACAAUCCCAGAGAACAGUCCUAUCCAACGAAUCGAAGGCAGCCCUGAUGUCAAGAAACACUACGAUUGUUGGCCUUUGAUAAGUAUGACGGUGUUCUAACAUUUGGCGGAGGGUGGAGAUAUGAUCAAUACAUCCUCGACCAGAACGAAACCCAGCCUGCUCCUCGCGAGUCAAUCUUUCUCGGGUUUUGAACAACCUACGAAGUAUGAUGGAAGCCAAUAGCUUGGACGCAAUCGGAAGUAGACUUAUCCCCCGAUAGUUGUUGCAGGAACAGCGUGAACCCUUUUUAAAGAUAGGGACAACUAUCGACUCAUUCCAUGACGUUGGUACACUCUCUAGUUCCCAAACCUUUGUAAACAACGUCGUCAAUUCCUUAGUCAAAAAGUCACCACCAUCUUUAGAAAGAGCCGGAGGUAAGUCAUCUGGGCCAGGUGAUUUGUAACGCUUCAAGAGUUGGAGUUCCUUGCGGACUUCCUCCUCAUUUGGUGGAUCAGUCGUCACCGGCCAUGGAGGGCAGGACAGUCUGACCAAUGUUGCCGGAGCAGCAGGCCAGUUGAACUGCCCUUCGAAAAAUUCUGCCCACCGUCCAAGACGUCGAUGGAUGUUAGUGAUUGGCAUCCCAUCAUCCUCGCAGAUUGUUUCACUCACACUAGACUUCUUGCUGACAGUGGCUCGGAUGAGCUGGAAGAGCUUCCGGUAGUUACCAGAUGCAGCUGCUGCUUCCAGCUCAUUAGCACGCUCCGACCACCAGGCUUCUCGGUCCUUACGCAAGCUUUGCCCAAUUUCCUUACGUAACAACCUUCGUUUAUGGUCAAACUCACGGUCACCCGGAGUAGACCGACGGGCUUCAAUGAGUUGUAAGGAACCAGAAGAAACCCAGUGCUUAAAAGCGGGACGUUUCGCGAACCCACAACUGACUGUACCCGCCAUUUUCAUGGCGUCAUGCAAUUGCAACCAAUGCUCAUCUAUACUUUUCGGUGGAGUGGUAGCUGGCCUAGAGGCUAGCUCGGUUCGAUACUUAUUUGUUGUUUAUUUAUCAUAAGUAUUCUUAUAAACUUCCCUAAAAGUUCUCCAUCAUUUGAUCGAAGCUGAUUCGCUAAAAUAAUCCAAAUUAUAGGCAUCUUGGCCCCACUCAGAUUGAGUUUGAUAAUCAGAUUUAAUAUUUAUAUUCCAACCGUAUCGUAUUACAAGUCACCCUCAUAAAAGAUGUUCUCGUAAACAUUGUAAAAUCACAUGAAAUCAAAGUGAUAUGAAAGUAAUUUCAAAGUUUAACAAGUGCUAAAGUAAAUAUUUUCGUGAAAGGGAUCACAUACUCUCCAAAAUGAUAUAACUCAGCAUUCCCAUACAUUCUAUCAAGGACAGUACGUCUGUUUAUUUAUAAAAAGCUAAGUAGGAGAAAGAGGUUAAAUACGUAUGUUCAGUAUUAAAAAAUGAGGACGACAUAUUUCACGCUUCAAAAAGAUUCAUUAGAAAGCAAUAAUUGGUUUUUACUAUAUAUUCUAUGUGCCAACUGCGUAAUAAAUUAAGACAAUUUAUCUAAGGUUAAACUACUUUACGGAGUUUUGAUUUGUGUUGCUUGUUAAUUUUGAAUAUAUGAGUAAACUCUCGACCGUAAUCUUUCCUGAAUUUCUAUUGGUAGUUGCAAGGUAUCUCAACGCAAAGUACAUAAAAGUAUAUUCAGUUGAUUAAUUAAGAUAAAAGCUAAUUUACUAUGAUUAUUUGUUAAACUCCUACACCGAAGUAGUCAAAUCAUAAUGAACAACUCAGCAACAAUACUCUGUAAUUUUUCAUAUUUCUAUUUAUCCAAUUAUUGCUCACCUGUUUAUCACCAUUUCUUUGUUUUAGGAUUAAUAGUCAGUUAAAAUGUCUUUAUCAAUUUGAAGGACAUAGAUUGGGUGUUAUUUCGGUUGACAUAAAUUCAACCGGUACACUAGCAGCAUCCAGCAGUCUUGAUAGCCAGAUUUUAUUAUGGGAUCUGGAAACAGGAAAGUUAACAAAAACAUAUGACGGUGAUCCAGCUGAUACCUGGACUGUUGCUUUCUCUCCUGAUUCGCGUUUCCUAGCUACUGGGAGUCAUACAGGCUGUGUAAAUAUGAUUAAUGUACAAACUGCUCAGAAAGAGGGUUCUAUUCAAUUAGAAGGGAAAUUUGUCUACAGCCUUGCUUAUAUCUCUGACGGAUCUAAGCUAGCUGCUGGAACAAUCAAUGGGCUUGUCAGCAUUUGUGAUUUAGAAACAGGGAGUGUUCAAUUUUUGGAUGGACACGCCACACCGGUACGUUCAGUUUCAUUUUCACCAGAUGGACGUCUAUUGGCUUCUGCAUCAGAUGAUAAACAAAUUAAAGUUUUCGAUGUACGCGAUGGUCGACUAGUUAUCCCUAGUUUAAAUGGUCAUAAAGGAUGGGUUGUAUCAGUAGAUUUCGCUUCAGAUAAUCGACAUCUUGUCACAGCAUCCACUGAUUGUUCUGUUCGAAUCUGGGAUUUGGCAUCAAAAGAAGAAAAACAUUGUUUUAAUACACAUGAAGAUCAGGUAUGGUGCGCUCGUUAUAGUCCUCAAGGAAAUAAUAUUAUAUCUGUAGGAGAUGAUAGAUCUAUCAUGAUUUAUCAAUGUGCUUAAUAAUAAAAAUAUUUUUAUACUUAUUAUUAUUAUUAUUAUCAGUCAUUAUAACAUCGUUUAACAGUAUUUAUUAAUAGUACUGAUAUGCAGUCAUCAAUCAUUUUUUAUUCCCUUUUUUAACAAAUCAAUAAGAUUCAAGUUACUUAUUUCAUAUGAUAUUUCGUCAGACACCAACCCAUUAGGGCUGAUCAGACUUCCAAGAUAAGUGAAGUUGUCAACGCGUUCGACUUCUUCACUCUCUAUCCUUAGUUCAGGUGUUGACACAGAUCAGUUCUGAAGCAACAACUUGCAUUUAGAGGGAGAGAAGUGCAUCCCAAACAUUCUGGCAUUGUUACUUAUUGCUACCAGAAGACUCUGCAUUUUAUCAGCGUCUUCACCAAACAGGACUAUGUCAUCUGCGUAUUCUAAGUCGAUAAGUGGACCUCCUGGAAGGAGGUCAAUACCCGAGAAUUCAGUAGACGAGAAUGUUAUUUCCCUCAAUAAGUCUAUGAUGAAGUUAAACAAAAAUGGAGAAAGUGGACAGCCUUGACGGACACCACUUGAGGUUGCAAAAGCAGAUGACAGUUCGCCAUAAGCUCUGACUCGACUAGUAGUGUUCGAGUAAAGAGCCUUUACAAGGUUUAUGUACUUCUGAGGUAUGCCUUUCAAUGACGGACACUGCCACAGAAUCUCGCGGUCUACCGAGUCAAAUGCUGCUUUCAAGUCAAGAAAGACCACCAUUGUCGGACGCCGGUAAGUAUGCCUGUGUUCUAGAACCUGACGAAUGGUGAAUAUGUUGUCGAUGCAGCCACGACCAGGUCUGAAGCCAGCUUGAUUCUCUCGUGUUUGCAGUUCACGAGUCUUAGGCGUCUGAUAAUUAUCGAGGCUAGUAUUUUAGAUAUUAUAUUAGUUAAACUAAUCCCUCCGUGGUUGUCACAGGAUGAUUUUGACCCUUUCUUAUAUAUUGGGACGAUAAGUGAUUGUGACCAGUUAGAUGGGAUAACGUCUAACUCCCAGAUCCUAGCUAAAAUAUUAGUCAACCUAAUCGCUAAAAUUGGACCACAAUCCCUAAAGACCUCUGGAGCCAAUCCAUCUGGACCAGCAUUACUCAACAAUAUUCAGGUAUGUAGUUUGAACAAAGCAUAUCAUAAUAUCGUACAACUGGAAUCGAUGGCCAUACUGCAGUCAGUCAGCUACAACGUAGGACCAGGCACAUAUGUGCAUCGGUCCAGGUUGCCAUACCGCAUCAGCACAACAAGAUGAACACCGGAUUCAUAGCAGUGGUUAGGUCAAAGGUGGUAAUAUAUAAGAGAAAGAUUGCAUAUAGUGAUAUAGUACAAGAAGAAAAAAUUGGUUCGUAGAAAGAAAGAUAUGAAGUGAUUUUAGUCUCAUAGUUUAAGGGAAGACAGGGAGUGUAUACACCGACGCCAUUGUGGUCGAUUCUGAGCCAUGUCACCCAGAGUCUCCAACCAUUGGUUAUGAAAGUCACGCGGACCCCAACCAAGUAGUCUGCAUCUACCAACAUGGCUUAGACUAGAGGUUAGUGUCUUCAAGCACUGAUGCUACGUUUGGGUUUGGCCGCCCCUAACCUUCUUCAAACCAUCCCCAACACCGCUUAGCGUUGCACGACGUGGUAAUCGGUGUUCGGGCAUACGUAACACGUGGCUCAACCAUCUCAGUCGAUGAAGACUCGCAACCUCAUCAACUGAUUUACUAUCAUUCCCUAAUACCCUGUGUCUAACCUCACUAUUACUUACCCGGUGAUCCCAGCAAAUGCCAGCAAUAUUUCUAAGGCAUCUGUGGUCAAAUACUAGUAGCUUACGAGUGUCUUCUACUCUUAAUGGCCAUGUUUCGCUGCCGUAAAGUAGAACAGAACGGACUGUCUUAGUAAAUGUCGAAUAUCCUGGCUUAUCCAGGAAUGGCCGUGCUUCUUUUUUGAGACAGUCCAGGGUAUGCACUGUUGAGUUGCCCGAUUGCACAACUGCCUGAAACAAGUCCAUGCCUCUUGUACUGAAGCCCUUGAGACAAUUUCCUAGUUUUCAGCCGAUGCUGCGAUUCGAUUGCCUACAUAUCUGCUUUCCGUAUGUUAGGACGGGCCGGCGCGACUGUUCGACAGGCAAUCUCAGCCAUGAAUUUGAAUAAUAUAACUGCAUGGUCUUUUCUCCCUAAUGGUGGGAGAAAAGUCAAUAGACCGACGUCAUCACCAUGUGAGAAGAUUGUAGUGUCGGUUAUUAUGUUAGGCUUAUAUGUCUUAUUCUCGUUUCAGGACAGGCCAAUCUAUUCACUCGAGUUGAGUUACAUUUUAACCUUGUUAACUAUUCACUUAUCAAUCUUCGCUGUUUUUAUAUGAGGGUAUGUGUGUGUGCACUUCUGAUCCCAUUACUCAUCACAUGUCUGUAACUUAUUUUUGUGUGCCUAUAAAUUUUGAUUGACGCUUGGUUAAAUGGAGUUGUCUCACAUGACUCCACCACGCGUCGUUUUGCUUCUCUCUAUUCCAUUCGCUUCAUAUACAAAAAAUAUGUAUUCAGAAGUCCAUUCUAGUUAUUUGACUUAUAUAAUUCCGUUAUUGUCUAACCCGAUUUAAGUCGAUGAUUACAUAUGAGGAUAGGCGAUAUAUAUAUUUCAACAACAAUCAUCAUUAUGAUCUACUUCGAGUCAGAUCUCGGGCCACUAAAGUGGAGAGCCCGUUAACAAACAUCGUCUGAUCUAAAUGAUGAAGAAAUAAAGGGCCCCACAAGACUAAAUUCAAAAGAGAAGAGGAGUUUUUUAAGUAAUAUCUUGUGGAAUUUCUAGUGUGUUGAAAUAAAGCUAAUGCAGUCGAGGUUUCCAACAGUUUGCAGUCGAAUGACGUUAUCGAUGACCCUACUUCUAAACUGACCCAGUUUGUAUACGGUGCGUCGAAUUCGCCUUCUAUAAAGCUCUUACCCCUAUUACAACGAGACUUAAGUUUGCUUAGGAGGAAAUCGUCUACUACAUAUUCUGGACUGCAAUAUACUACAACUAAUUCAAUAUCUCACUGUCUACAUUUCAUUAUUCAUUGCACCGGUUCAUAUGUCCCUGAAUGCUUGUAUGGUUAGGGUACUUUUCGUGUACAGGAAGACCUCGCUUCUCCUACCGUUUAUUCUAUCAGCCCUACUAGAUAAAAACCAGUCAACUGAAUUCUUGAAAUGAAUUGAUAUUUUGACGAUAGGAUACGAGUCCAUAGAUUCUUUGACCAUUCAUUGAUUCUCAGUAUGUGAAAAAUAUUGGACGUAUCUCCAUUCAGUUACUGAGUAAAUUUUGCGUCAUUUUCAUCUAGGAUUUCAUUUAAACUUCCAAUGUCCUUUCUUUCACCAUCCAGCAUGUUAGGAUGUACUACAAUAUCGUGUUCAUAAAAGACAUGUAGAUAGUGUCAGAUGCAUUUGUUAUCAGUAAUUUCAUUAAAUUAUACAUCAUUUUAAACAUCGAUAAGUCACACCUCUAAAUAAAUCCUUCGUCUGGAUCAUCUAAUUCUGGUAGCCAGUCAGUAUUGCUUUUUUAGUAAUUGUACGGAAUAGAUAAUAUCUAACCAAAGUAGUAUUGUUGGUGAGAUGGAAUAGAAUUGAGAAGUACAUAAUAUAGAAACUCCGGUAUGUAUCGACUUACGGAGAACGACUGAUCAGUCAGCAUUGAUUGUCCUUGAUCACGAAGACGUUCGGUAAACUGCUAUCAAAUUUUAUUAGCAGUUGACACUACAAAUGACGUUCGGUGGCAUUUGAUUCUGUUCGCACAGAAGCCAGUAGCUAUUAAUUCACAAGGAUGGAUGUAGGUUACCAGACAAAAAUAGUUUGCAAGCAAAUUAAACUUUUCUACAUCGUAAUUGUAGAAUUCAAAUUGCCCAACAUCGUUAAUCAUAACAUUUUGUGGUGCAUUCUGUCCACAUUGUUUUGCCAAAUGAAUACACGAGGUCUUUCAUCUUAAAUUCAUAAGACUAUCAAUCAUAUUUCCUAUUGCACAACAACGUAACGAGGAAAAUCUAAUAUCCAAUUGACUUAGUUAUAUAUAAAUACGACUGAGUAGUAAAACCAAAAUUGGUUAACCUUAACGCAGGAAGGUAAAAGAUAUAAAAGGAGUUUAUCAAUCAAUUCGAAGUUACAACACGAGGGAUAUAAAGAUUAUGAAAAUGGCACAGGUAUUCAGUGUUUGACAACGCUUUUACCAGUAACACCUAAUAUAACUCGUACGCACCAAGAGAAAUCAAAAGACAGAAUCGAGGAGACCAGAAGUUGUAUUUGACGAUUGCCAAUAUAUCGGAUAUUGUUUGAUCUAGUCUGGAUAGCGAUUGCAGUAGACGUUGAGCACAGCGUUCCCACACGUAAUCUGGUGCGGAUGCAUGAGCGAGCGCCUUCAGUUAUCUUACCAGUUCUAUGACUUGAUGUUGACAAAGAGUUGUCCAAUCACAGUCUGGGAGAGUUCUCACGUGUUUGCGGCAGACUUGUCCUCGGUGUUAGGUCGCGGGUUUUCGCGCACAUGUAACAUAUUGUCGUGGAUUUUACAUGUCGUUACUUAUCAGCUAUUAACGGCCUUUUUUCCAUCAUAUGUGACUUCUCGUAAUCUUUGUGAUUGGAAGAUAGUUUUUAUUUCAAUUUAUAAGCAGUUUGACGUAUUUCGUGCUCACCACCUGUGUAAUUAUGUAGUUGGCGUAAUAUGGUUAUUUUUAACAAUACAAAGUCAAACAAGUCAAGUCACCAUUUUUCUAGUCAAAAAUAGAUUACAGAUUGAGUUUUCAUGAAAAUAAGCCGUGAAAAGCAUUAUAUACGGUUCACCUCCUUGAUUAUGGUGACGGCAAACAUAGAUGUUCGUAGUCGUUUAUAAAAUGUAAUCAGAAAGAAGUAAGCGUUAAACUAACUAUGAAUAUUAUAUAAAUUGUUUGUAUUUAGCCAUAAAAGGUUAUUUGGACUAUAGGUAGCAUUGUUUUGUACUGAAGUGACAUAUUAUUGUGUAACGUAUCAGAGAAAAAUUAUGUGAGUAACAAUUGACGUUGAUAGUCUUUUUUACCGGCUUUCUGAACGUAUACAGGAACAGUGUAUAACACCACAUUAAAUAGGCACAAAAUCUUCAUAAGCAAAACUAUGGGUGUCUCUUCUGAGCAUGGUGACAAAACCAUGUCGUACUUAAUACUGAUUUAUGAUGUGUCUGUUAUAGGGUUGACGAAUAAUUUUCUGUAAACGAAAUGCACAAUCGCAGACGAAAAUGUGAACAAAGUUAUGAUGCAUAUUGUCGAGUAAUAUCUAAAUGGUGCUUACCAAUUUCUCUUGCUAAUACCAGAUGUAUAGACGAAAUACUACAAGGGUUAGACACUGAAUAAAUUCCCAGUGCUUGUUACGACACAGACUUGAAAAAAAAACUAUUAAUGAGUUAAUUCAUGAAUUCCUACUGCAUUACAGACUGACUCGUCCGAAGUAAUUCAUGCAGACAACGUGACGAAAAGUGAAUGAGCAAUGGAAGCAGAAUCACAAGUUCCUUGUAUUCAUAUCUCCUUUAUGCCACAUUAAUUAAUUACAUUUUCUUCAUAAGUCAGACCACGCUUGUAUGUUGUGACGAAACUAACUUCAGCAAUUUGUAAACAACACUGAUACGUGUGUUGUAAAGAUUACCUAUUAAUUUUUAUUAAAGGAAAUAGAAAUCUCUAAUGAUUAGCGCUGUCUGCAAAUAAGAGACUUAUAGGUACAUUCUGUAACCUGCUAAUUGAUGGACUUAUUGAAUGUGAUACUGAUAACUAAGUCUAAUUCUUUAUCUCACGACUGAUUUAUUGUUUUUCAGAAUUGUAUGAAUCCGUUAAAGUCGUCAAAGCUUUGUGAUGAUGUUUACGCCGGUCUACAACUUAUGGAAUUUGUGAUUAUGGAAGAUCAUGUUAAAAACCGGUUUACAAGUCCACGUUAUCUGUGUUCCGUAUUGCCUAGUAACAUUUUUAUUCAACUAAUGAAUUAGUGAAAUAUAAAUAUAGCAACUACACUCAGUGUCUUUAUAAACCAUGUCCGUAUUUAUUAAUAGUCGAUAUGACGCUAGAACAAAUAUAGAUAGAGAAUAAUAUGAACUCCUUCUAAUCCAUGGAAUGAACAAGUAGUAAGAUGGAUUAUGUAAUAAUUCAUUUCAUUUUUAAAAUUUAGUUACCGAUUUAUUCCAGCACCCUGUAACUUACAUCUGCCCACUUAAUCCUCUGUAAUUAUGUGACCUCUUCAAAUUGUAAUCAAUUAUUACGCAACCCAAGUUUUCAGUUCUUAAAUCCACGGAUCAUGUAUAAGCUAUAAGAUUUUCACACCACUUAUCUGUCUGUGAACUCCAGUCCACUAUUACACCACCCAUUCUUAAUGUGUUAUUGACUGUAA